AUGCAAAGGCAAAACUAUCCUGCCUUCGACGGAAAUGUUGCCGACCUCAGAGCCCUGGUCACGCCAAGCUUACCUGCAACCCAGCAGGUCAAUGCUCCCAUUGUCCAUGGAGCAAACUUUCAGGAUCGCUCCGCCCUCGCCAAUCUGACCGAGCCACAACCGGUCAAUGCACAGCAGGAGGCCACUUUUGCGCCUGGUGGAGACAACGCUGCUGGUUUCUCUGGCCCUCGCCCUGGACGACCUGCCGCCGAGGUACUAGGUUUCCAUACGGGUCCUCGGGCAGCUGAGACGUUCGGUGGAGAGGGUGAUGUGGCGCAGGUGAACGCUCAGUACGUUCCUGCAGGACAGUGGGGUGAGUACGGCCACCAAGGGGUGGGUCCUUUGGCCACUCCGGCAGCUGCAGCUCCCGCCCAAGCAACCGGUGGAGCGACGACGCGGGCGCCACGGAGGACACUUGCCCAGAAGACUCCGGGGGAGGUGACGCGCCAGCUUCAGAAGAGUCGCUACCAGCAGGGCCCCCAGCGCAUGGCAAAGCAGAUCACGAAGCUUUGCAAGUGGAACGGAGACAUGGUUCGGGACAAGCAAAAGAUAGCCUACUCCAAGAAAGCUGUGCAUGACUGGGCUAAGCAAUAUGGCCUCCGCUGGAAAGACGGAGACCAUUUCUUCGAGCUGGCUGGAACCUCUCGUCCUGUUGCUGCCGCUCACAUGCAAGCAGCCCAGGAUUGGGUCGCCCAAGGGAAGACUCCUCAGCACUACGGGGGCGCCAACCUGAAGAAGCUCCCUGUCGCUUGGGUCACCAACGCGCACGGGCUCGGAGGCAGGCCUUUCGGGUAA